AUGAUGGGUAUAACCGGAACGGAUAGGAUCAGUGAAUUACCUGAAUCCAUCACUCAUCACAUUCUCUCAUUUCUUCCAAUCAAACGUGCUGCUUCAACUACAAUCUUAUCUAAAAGAUGGAACAAUCUCUGGCUAUCUCUUCCCGUUCUUGAUUUUACAGAAUGGCGAUCUCCUCCUACUGCUACUACUGCACUUGAAGAUCGCAACGAAGAAGAAGAAGACGAAGAAGCCGAUUCUGAUACAGAUGGUUCGGAACAAGAAUACCGAGUGAUCAAAGAUUCACCUCCAGUAGAUUUAUCAGAGACUGAUAGGUUCAUGCAGUUUCUGGAUAAGGUAUUGUUUCUCGAUAACUUGGCUCAUAUAAAGAAAUUCUGUCUCAAAACUGACAGUAAGUACUUUGAUCAAGACCGUGUAAAGAAAUGGAUCAUUUCGAUUGUCAUGCAUGCUGUCGAAGAGCUCAUUCUUUCCAUUAAGUGCUCAGGGUCUAGAGUGGUUCCAUUAGAACUGUUUAAUUGUGAGUCAUUGACUGUGUUAGAUUUGCAGUUUGAGAACAAACAGGUUAUAGAUCAAUCACCAUUAUCACCAAUCUCUUUUCAAAGACUUAAGAAACUUCGGCUUUCGUUUAUUGAAUUCAAGGAUGAGAGAUUGGCAGUGCAGGUUUUUUGUAAUUGCCCUGUGCUUGAAGAUUUGCAUAUGAGUAAGGUUAGUUGGAAGGGUUUAGAUGUCCUGUGUUUUGCAUUACCUCGCCUUAAGUUUUUUGGCAUAGCAUUUUGUGGAAGAAAAUGUAUAGAGAAUGUUAAGAUUAAGUUUGAUACACCCAAUUUAUUGUCCCUUACGUGGUUUGAUUAUCUACCGGAGGAAUUUAUUGUUGAUAGCUUUCCGUGUUUGGUUGAAGCUGGUAUUCGAUAUAACUUUUCAGAGGGUUAUACUAAAAGCAAAUAUGAUUCUUUGCAUAAGUUUGUUGAGAAGGUGUCUCAUGUAAAGCACCUAAUGGUAUCGCAUACCUACUUUUAUCCUAAGAUUCUUGACGACUCAAGCGUUCUCCCUAGAAGCUUCCAUAUGUUCCGUAAUCUGGUCAGUUUUGAAGUGGAUAUUAUGUAUUAUGGGCAAAUCAAAUCACUAUUCGACACAAUUCUACAGUUUUCGCCAAAUUUAACAUCACUCGUCUUCCUUCAGCUCUUUGCGUAUGUUAAGGUCGGUGAGGAUGCAUUGUCGUUAAAUGUAGUGCCUCGUUGUUUGUUGUUAUGCCUCAAGUUCAUUGAAUUUCGGAAUUUCUAUGGGCACCCAGGGGAGAUAGAGGUGGUGAAAUUAUUUCUGGAGAAUGCUAGAGUUCUUCAAUUGAUUACUCUUGGAAGUUCAUCACAUCGCUUGGAAUAUAUGAACAAGAAGAAACCUACUGCUGAAGAAGUAGAAGAUGCCAAUCAUAAAAUUCUGGAGCAGUUACUGCCAUUUUCAUGGGCUUCACCUGAUUGCAUGGUUACGUUUUCAGGUCCCUAAUUUAUUUCCUUUUUCUUAGAUAUCAAGUAUUUGAGCUUUACUGUUUUGAGGUUAAGAUUAGGAAUAUGCCUUGGUAAUUCCUAAUUUAGAUGCACAUUUUGGUAAACUGCAUUUGUUGAAUUCAUUUUUUUAGAACUGUGCUCUAGAUUUUCAGCCUAUCUGCCUUGAUUUAGACUGCUCUAUUCUGCCUUGAUUUAGACUCCUCAAAAACUAUGCGACAGUCGUAA